CGCGGCAGUUAACUGCUGAAGUCCUUGUCACUCCCCAGCCCUCGUUAUCGUGCGUCAGUUUUAAACUUUUUACUGUAAAUCAGAAUCAUAAACGAAAAAGUUGUGUGCUCUCUUAUAUUACGGAAUGAACUAAUAUAGGAUACUCGAAAUGGCUCUUAGGGACGUUUGGAUGUUUUUCGUCGCCAAUAAGAAGCACUUGCUGCACUUACUUUCACUUUUCAUGAUUUCAAGUGGAAUAUUGUUCUUCAAAUUGGACAACAACGUCGCCGGGACGGUGGUCGAAAUUCUCGAUCUAAACGGCGGACUGAACACCGCCAGUAUGUGGAACCACAACGCUGCUGUCGGCAUCUACGCAUUGAGCCUGUUCAUGGUGGGAUUCGCCGUGUUCUAUCAACGUCGCUACCGAAUCUUUGACACGAAUGUUGUAGUGCCGCCGCAGGAUGCAGUUAAGCAAUCCGAUGAGGAGGAGGAGGAGGAUUAGGGCCUCAAUCACCAUUGCGGACUCGCAGAAGAGGAAUCCCCUGCAGCUGUGUUAUAAAAGCUAUCAAUUAUUCUAAGUUGAAGUCAAAAUAAAGUUUUUUUUUUCGGG